CUUGUCAUCAAGACUUGCCAAUCGAACCUAAUGCACCUGAGCGUAAAAUCGUGAAACGCUGAUCACAGAACUUCAGGAGGAGUGCAUUUCUGCAGUUUCAUCAGCCAGGAAUGCAAGUAUUCUACCACUGAUCAAUCAACAUCACACUGCAAAUUUGUGAACACAAAUAAUCUUACUGCAAUCCAAGAUGGCUGACCUGGCUCCCAUGUUGGAGAAUGGCCUUGCCAAUUCAGAUGAUGAGGAGACCAAGGAUAGGGUGUUGGAGCUGGUUUUCAAAAACAUCAACCAUCAAGUUGGAGACAAGCACAUCCUCCAAGAUGUCAGUGGCAUCGCUCAGGCUGGACAGCUAUUGGCUGUGAUGGGGCCGAGUGGCAGUGGAAAGACAUCAUUGUUGAAUGCCCUUGCUGGACGAAAUGGCCUUCACUCAGGGGAUAUAACUCUCAACAAGCAUCCUCUGGAUAAGCAGCUGAAGAGGAAAGUGUGCUAUGUUCUCCAGGAGGACAUCUUCUUUGCUGGACUCACUCUCAGAGAAACCUUGAUGUUUACAACCCUGAUGCGACUGCCAGACUACAUGCCACACGAGGACAAGAUGGAGAGGAUGGAUGACAUCAUCGAUGUGCUGGCUCUACGCGGUUGUCUGGACACAAUUAUUGGUGAUGCUCUGGUGCGUGGCUUGUCAGGGGGAGAGAAGAAAAGAGCGAACAUUGCCUGUGAACUUAUUACAGAUCCAGCUAUAAUCCUUCUAGAUGAGCCCACCUCGGGGCUGGACUACAGCAUCGCGCUGAGCCUGGUGAAGACCUUGAAGCAGUACACAACAGAGCGCAACAAGAUGGUCAUCACCACUCUGCACCAGCCCUCCAGCCAGAUGUUCUACCAGUUUGACAAGCUGCUGCUCAUGUCGGAGGGAGAGCUUGCCUACUUUGGAGACUCUGAAAAUGUGCUGACCUUCUUCAAAGACAUCAGUAUGCCCAUGGCAGAGCACUACAACCCAGCAGACUUUAUAGUGGAGAAGCUGCGAGAAGAUGAGAAGACUCGGAGGAAGAUAGUAGAUGCAGCUGAUGCCAUCAGAGGAACAGACAACUGGCCGUUAGUUCUGAGAGGGAACACUGAUCCUGGUAUGGCUGACGAUCGCACCCCUCUGACCAUCCGGCGAUCAUUCAAACCUAGCCUCAAGUAUCUCACACACAGCCCCAUCUACAAGAGGGUCAGCAAGCGAUUGCGAAAAACUGAUGCCAAAUUUCAGCCUGAUAUUGAAGCUACUGAGACUGGCAGUGUGGACAUGCUCAACCUCAAGGAGGAUAAGGACAAGUGGCCAACAGGGUUCUUCACGCAGUUCAAACAGCUCACUGUGCGCACGUUCAGGAACUCCAAGUCACGGAUCCUCAACAAACUGCGUCUGCUGGAGGCAUUGCUUCUGUGUGUGUUGGUCAGUCUCUUGUGGUUCCAGCUGCCUCGCAAUGAAGAGACGCUGAGAGAUCGGAUGGGAGCGAUAUUUUUCAUCGCAAUUCACUGGAGCUUCACACCGCUGUUUGAUGCUGUAUCUUCAUUCCCAACUGAGAGGGUUGUAAUCCAGAAGGAGCGUUCUGCAGGCUGGUACCGGCUUUCGGCAUACUAUUUUGCCAAGAUGACCAGCGAGCUGCCUCUCAUCCUUCUCCUGCCCACAGCCUUCAUCAUCAUAUCGUACUGGUGCAUUGGACUCAAUGGUGCUGGGCCUUUCUUUGGGACGAUCUUCACCGUCAUGCUGGGUGCCAUCUGUGGCCAGAGUAUUGGUUUGUUCCUGGGGAUUGUGUUCAUGGACUUUCAGAAGGCUAUGUCUAUCGCGACCCUUGUGAUGAUGGCCAUUAUGCUGCUUGGUGGCUUCUAUACCCGCCAUCUUCCCUUCUGGUUGGACUGGAUCAAGUACUUCUCCUUCCUGCACUACACCUUCCACUGCCUCAUGGUGCUGGAGUUCUCCGGGGAUAAAACUGUAGAAUGUGCAGCCAGCAGCGGGGCCUCCCAGUUCAGAACAUGCCUGACUACUAACGAAACAUCCGUCACCAACUACCAAGUCUUGUCCUUCUAUGAUGUGCAGCCGUCCUACUGGACCUAUGUCUUUCCGAUCAUUUUCUUCAUCUGCUUGUUCCGGCUGCUGGGUUACCUCGUCCUAAGAUUCGUCCACAAACCCAGCUCUGUCUGAACCAGCAACUCACAGGGGAGCUGCUUGGAGUGGAAGCUCUACACUGAGAUUUACUUACCCAUACUCUGACAGGAUUGUGUGCACCAUGCUUCACUAACAUAACUUGUAAAUCAAUUGUUGCCCUAUGUUUUCUCAGUGAAAACAUUGCUAAAUAUGUGUGCAUGUUGAGUAUUAACAUUGCUAUCUUGCCUGCAAGAGUAGUCUCCCUUCCUUAUUGAAAACAAUACCCGGUAGCUGUUGCCUUCAUACUGUAUGGGUCUCUUAGUCUUUCUGUUCAUCAGGCUGCCAAGACAAGUUAUUGUAUCGAAAGACUGUAUGACUUGUCACACUUUCAGAAUCUAGUAGAACAAGCUUCUUAUGAAGCACCUCAAGGUCAGUAACGAUUGCAGCAGUAAGCUUCAUCACAAUCGCAAACAGAUUUUUAGUCAUCUACAUAUAGCUUCUUUUAUCUUUUGUACUGUUAUGCAUCGGUUUUUUAAUGAAAUUAUUGUAACCAUAGAUCUGUCAUGUUAUGAAGAGGUAGAAGAUCUGAGCAAUGCAUAGAUGAACAAAAAUAUCUUUAAUACACUGUGUUCAUCAAAGGGAAGUUUAUAGGGGAGUGAGUCAGUGAGUCAGUGACUAUUGGGCAACAGCACCUUGUGGCAAUAUAUUCUAACAAUGAUAUCAGGGAGAGUGAAUGGUGAGAAGUGCAGGGGCAUUAUGAUUAUUGCAAUAAGCUGCUACAUGGUACAGUUGUCAGAAUAUGAACAGUGUAAUACAGAGGGUUAGGUGGUUUAGUUGGUUAACAAAACAAUUGGCCUAAAGUUCAUUGUAUGUGGGCGAAAUGUGUGGUUUUGAUUUAUUUCAACUUCUGUAUCAAUACUGCAGAUGAUUGAAUAACAAAUAAGUUUUAACAUGGCAAGACACCAUAAUAAAGUUUUAAUUUUUUUAAACGUAUAUAACGCACCCUUUCUUUUGAACAGCAGUGAAAAAAUCUUGUGUGUGUUUUCUUUCCACCUAAUUGUAAAACAGAGUUGGACCCCCAAAAAUGGUCAAAAGUGUCUUUUCUACUAAUUUCAGGUUUGUUUCGUUGGUCAAUUUCGUAAACCAACUAAAAUAAUAUAAGGCCUUAGGAUAGCCACAACCACAUGACACCUCUUGGCCACUUCCCAGUGCCUCAAGGUUUGAUGGGACUGAGCCCAGGGCUAUGGGGUGUGCCUGCAUGCACUGACAUUGGCAGCAUUUCCUUCUUGAAUAACUUGUACCCUAAACUGUACGUAAUGAAAAAUAAUCAGGAAUAGCCUUCCGAUCUUCUCAUACCAAAAUAAUGGUAGCUUUUAAAUUUUGAAUACUCUUUGUCAAAUUAUGACUUGUGAAAAUAUUUGUAUCUUUAUGAUCCAUUUUCUUCCUGAAAUAAAUGCACAAUAUUGUAUUAGUGAAGACUUAAGGAAACUCUUUGUCUUUCAUGUAGCCAGAUGUUCAACUCAGUGAUUGCUGGAUUGCUCUUAUUCAAUAUUUCGAAGUCAUUAUGAUGUAAAUUUGAUGAUUAAUUGUUACUUUGUCUUAACGGUAUACCGGUACUCAGGAAUUGCUAUGAAAUCCUGAAAAGUAAAAGUUGAGUGUCAGAUACACGCUCAUUACGUGAACGUCAGUUUUGUAGGUUUAUAAUUAUUUUGUCCUGUUCCCAGUGUUGAUUUCAUAGUCAUUGGUUGUGUAUUUUAUGUUCUCAUAUUUGUUAAAACAAUUUCCUUGUGUUCAUGUGUUUAUUAUUUCUUAUUGAUGCUGCCAGGUUAUAUACUGCUUUCCAUAAAGGAUUUACUUUGUUGCGAAAUCACCCAUUUUGUCUUAAAUUGAGUUUCUUAUUUUAAACUUUUAAAAUCUUGUUUUAUUUUUUAUUGAUUCUUUACAAAUAUUGUUUUGUUGGAACCUGUGUUGUUUCUGAGCUUGGUGUCAAAACCACUCACUUUGUGUCUAUAUCAUAUACUUUUUACUGACUUAAUACUGAUAUCACAAUUUUUGUCCUAUUCAAUACUUCACCCCUAUUCCUCCAUCACCCCUGAAUACAUACGGCCACUAUGUUAUGUUCAUUCAGCUGCAAAAAGGGGGCAGUGUAUAACUCAUGGAAGUGGGGUAAGGUGAAAAGUCGCGCCCAAGAUUAUUGCACUUAUAUAGUGAGGUGUGCAUGUGCAUGUGUUGUGUACCAUCGGAAUAAUGCCGAUUUUAUAGUGCUAGACCACUGAGAUACCAUGCUGCAGUUUAACAUGAAUA